AUGGAACAACAAUUGCCACCUGACGUACGAGGCAGCGAUCAGGAACACGUCAAAUUGACGAGGGCCACGGUUGCUUGCAGAAGAUGUCGGCGUCUGCGCACGAAAUGCGUCUAUAGUAACGGGAAGCCUCCGUGUGAGGGAUGCAAUCGUGCUGGACUUGAUAUUGCUGCUACAUGCUAUUUUCCAGCUAGGGGCCAUAGCCGUCGUGAUCGUGAAUUUCGCGUCAAUAAAAGCAACAAAAGCGAUCGACAGCUGAGUUCUCCGGGCUCCAGCCAUGACAGUGUUACAAUAGAUAGUCAUAUCUCGCCGAUUCUGGCUCAACAAGGAAUCCCCUCGCCUUCCCAUUCAACAGGAGGUAACUCUGUAAGUCUACUAAAAGCGAUGAGGAAUGUUCUCCCACCUGCUAGGGAGGUGAUUGAAGGAUGCAAAGUGUUUUGGACAUCUUUCUUGCAGCUGGGGUUUUUCCCGAAACGUCUGUUCCUGGAAAAACUGUCUCAAGACAUAGAUUCCGUAUCGCUAUUCGUUCUCUUGGGCAUUUUGAGCAACUCUUGUCGCUUUACACCAAGCCUAAUAAAAAGGUAUGGUAGCUGCCAAGCCGCGGGUGACUAUUUUAUCGGGCAUGCAACGAGUCUGGUGCUUGACGCGUUGUACGAGCCCAGUCUGGAAAAUAUACAAGGUUUCUUCCUUUUGGCCCUUGCACAAUGGGGCAGUGGUGAUAAAGAUAAGAGCUCAAUGAACAUGGGGAUUGCUGUUAGGAUGGCCGGUAUUCUACGACUUCAUCGAGAAGAAACUUAUAAUCUUCCGCCGGAUGCGACAACUGACGAGAUUGUUAACUCAGAGAUAGCCAGGCGCACGUUCUGGGUUUUAGAAACUGAAGAUAAUCUCCAUUCGAGCCAUGCAUCUCCGGUCGCGUUUGGUGCAGACGAUAUCACAACAUUACUUCCGUGUGAGGAAUCUGAUUUCGCAUUUGGGCGUAUACCUUCUUCUCGGGCGGCAUUACCAGGCACCAAAGCCGCUAAACUAUGGCCAGAACUCACAUCUCUUCCAUCACGCUCGCUAUUCGCGACCCUCCUUCAAGCACACAGUCUAUGGGGGAGUGUCGCCCGCAAAGCAUGGAGAGCAGACUUUUGCUCCGAAGGUCCGCCGCCGUGGGAUCACACUAGUACAUACGCUAAGAUGUGUCAAGCAUUGACAGAGUGGGAACGGGAUACUCCAGCUAGCCAUCGAUGGAGCGUCUGGAACAUGAGAGGGCAUAGUGCAGAGCAAGUGCAUGCAGCGUAUCUCAGCGUUGUGAUGGUCACGAGGUUGAGCCAUAUUGUCAUUCGGCGAAUCUAUUUGGAAGAGAUGAUUGCGAGUGUAACACAACCAGGCAAAGACAGCGCACCGCCAGGCUUUUGGAAUACUAUCGCAGAUGAAUUAUUUGAGAAUGUGUUUGCCCUACAUGAACCAGUCAACACAUUUGUUUCAAAUCGUAGUCCCCAUGAAGGGUUCUCUGCGACUUUACUCUUUUCGCUAUACGUUUGUGGCACCCUAUACGUACAUCUGUUGAGAAUGCCAGCCUUGUGUCCACGACUAGCAUCUCGGGCCCAACCAAGCCUUAGUCGUACUCUUGAAAUUCUUGAAGAUUUGCAAAACGCAUGGCCGCUAGCAUCGAGGUGGUUGACGGUGUUAAGAAAUUCAGCCACGUCAAUCCCCGCAAGGUCAUCGACUGCCUCAUCUUCAAGUCCUCAAAGAGACCAACUCCUUGCGGACAACGGCCCCUCUUGUCCCGAGAUCGAGGUUCACGGAGAAAACGGAACUAGGAAUAAUGAAGGGGGUGGAAGUCUGGAGAUGCUUAGUGAAGCGGCGGUGUCUGCGGAGCGAAAUAGCAUUUUCCCAGGUGGUUUCAUCGGGCCUAUCAACAGAGGGAACAACGUCCACGGAAAUCAAAAUAAGGCCAUAGAUGAAUUUCUCACAUUUAACGCGUCAGAAGGAGGGUCUGGCUUUCUCAUCCGGCAUCAAGAUAUCUACACGGAUAACGGGGUAUUGUUUGAUAAAGAGCUGACCGAAUUUCUAAAUCAACCAAGUUAUGGGAUGGUUGAUAUUUGGGUUCCUCCUGAACAAGAAAGCUCCUGGAUGUCUUCUGGUGAAUGA